AUUUGUAAUCGAUAUGUUAAGGGUAAUGGCCGAAUGUGUGGGGUAAAUAAUGCAUCUUUGUCAUGGCUUUUCUUUGUCCAGUACGAAUACGAAGAGGAAAGAAGAAGAAAACAUCAGAUGUAGACAAAGAUUUGGUACGCACUCCAGGGAUGGGCCGCAUCACGGGCAGUGCUUCCAUAGAGACUUUGGUGAGAGUUGGUAUCGAAAAGGAAAAUGGCCUUGCACCUGAUAGCAAAAUGGUUGUGUUGCAUGACUUCACUCCAUGUGUUGAUGAUGAACUGGAAGUGAAAAGAGGACAGGUGGUGAAUAUUUUGUACCGUGAAAAUGACUGGGUAUAUGUGAUAGCUGCUGACAGCAGGCAAGAGGGCUUCAUACCUCACUCGUACUGUACACCUUAUAACUCGCACUUAGGAGAGUUGGCACUGAGCAAUGUAAAGAAGAAGCUUCCGAGAGAACAGAGGAAUGGAAAUAAUAAUAAUAAUGGCAGUACUGUGGGUGCAAGCAGUGGAGAAGGAGUGGGAGAGACAGACGUGCAAGAGACAAGGACAAAUGGAGUUGCAGAUGUGUCUGAUUGCGAGAGCUAUGGCAACAAGAAAGUAACUGUAGCAACACAACAAUUGAACAUCACUAGUUCACAGGCGUCACUUCAUAGUGUCUCUUCCUCACAACCUGAUGUCCAUCCUUUCUUUAAGGAUCCAUCAGGUCGCUACAUUGUUCUGUACACGUUCAUUGCCCGGGAUGAGAAUGAUGUGAGUGUGGAGAGAGGUGAAUUUGUGACGGUUCUGAACAGAGAAGAUCCCGACUGGUACUGGAUAGUUCGAAGUGAUGGGCAGGAAGGUUUUGUUCCCAGUGGCUUCGUGUAUCCCGCACAUGUCAUACAGGGGCAUCUGAACCAGAGCAACAACCAGAAUGUAAAUAACAAUUUUGCGUCUCCUAGCAAUGCUCACCUUCUGACUUCCCCUUCCAGUGAUGACCUUCGCUAUCAUGGUACAGAACUUGUCAUGUUGUAUGACUAUAAGGCACAGGCUCCAGAUGACCUUUCUGUACGAAGAGGCGAUUGGAUCUAUGCAGAUCUCAAUAAUCAGACUGUGGAUGGGUGGUUGUGGGCUUAUGCUCCUAAGACUCGAAAAUAUGGCUUCAUUCCUAAGGCUUAUGCGCGCCCUCCAGCCAUGACAAGUCUGUAACACGCAUGUAGCUCCUACAAUUAAUAUUGCCAAAUACAGUUACAGGAUUUCAACAUUCCUGUGUUGCACAGUGAGCUCUUACAAGGAAGUUUAAGGUCCUAAAUUGGAAUAUAUUUUACCUGCACUGUGUAUAAGGUACUUCGCUGAUUUAACGAAAGAUAUUAACAUGCCACUUGAUUGGCACCAGUGAGAAGCACAGACGGUUGUUACAUUUCAGCACUGUAGAUGGCCACACAAGAACUAGUGCAGAAAGUUUGUGUGGAUAUUUUGUCAUGAAAAUAUAAACUUGGUUUAUUUUUGUUGUUACAAAAUAAGGGUGGGAAAUGUGUGCAAUGAUGUAAAAUAAAUAUAUCGCCAUUUUACUUUUCGUCCGGUUCUGAUGAAUGCAUCUUCUUUUCUCGGUUGUCUAUUAUGCACGUAUUUAGUGUAAUUAUAAUGACUGUUAAUGUGUCUACAGGCUGUUCUGUACUUUAUGCAUCACUGUAAACAGUAGACCAUGUUUACAAAAGCUGUACUAAGCUACCAAAAAGAAACCCAUGUUAACUUAAAGGUUCAUUGUUUCUGGUAUUACUUCCUGAGUGACUGAGUUAAAUGUGGCGGUUGCAUUUUAGAAUUUUAAUGUAGAUUCACAUAAAAUAGGUUUCAAUAGUAUGCUGUAAGUACAUGCUCCAUUCUCUGGAAUCACUUAACACUAUGUCUCUGAUUCUGAUCCUUGUAUUUGUGUAUCCGUGUUUAUCUCGUGUGUUAAGUGUUACUAUUGUAACAUGCUGUUAAUGUUGGUAAUUACAGAAUGAGAAAGAAUUGCGUAACAUACACAAAUAAGUAUCACCGUUUUCUUUCAUGUCAAUUGUGGCAUCUCAUUGAAUUGUUCAGAGGGUUGUAACAGUCGUGAAUGCCAUAUAAUCCUUCUUAUUUAUAUUUAUUGUCUUUUGUUAAGAGGUUUAGUAAAUGUUAGGUCCAAAAUAUUUAUAUGUACCAUCUAGAAUCUAGAUGCCAUUAGAAUUUGAAGGUGCCAUAUUUGUAUUCUGUAGACAGUUAAUCACAUUGAAAGGUAAAUUUUUUGAGAGGUGGCAUUUAUUAAAGCAAACUAUACUGUAUUAGGGGCAAAAAUAUUUUGUACUGUUACUUGGCUUUAAUUUAUUAUCUUUUCUUGUAUCCUCGGAGAUUUUACAGCAGCAGUUUGUACUAGCAGUGCAAGUGUUUGGUUUGAAGUGUGCUAAAUGUAGGACUAAUGGUAUGUUUGUCUCAAAGAAUAAGUAGAGAUGGCAUUUUUUACUGUUAAGAUAUCACAUUAUUUGUGAAGUAAAUACCACUUUGCAAAUUACAUUGGUCAGUGUCAGAACUAGGGUGGAGCAGUUGCAAUGGGUACAGCAUUGUUUGCUUGCUUUUGGUUUAUUUAAUGAUGCUUUCAGUUCUCAUGAUUGUGCAGCAUUGAAUGAUUAUAUGAUUGGUUAAUAAUGAAUUGGAAAAGAUGCGGAAUGAAGCGGUCAUGACCUAAUUUGAGGUACUAUCCCAGCAUUUACCUGGAGGGACUGAAGAAAAUUACAGAAAACCUCUAGUCAGGAUAGCUGGUUUCCAGGGUGAGAUUUGAACCCAGGAUCUCUUGAAUAUCAAGAAGUUGAGCUAACCAAUCAACAGCAGUGUUUGGUUGCCCUCUUUUAAAAGGUGCAGAUUUGAUCAUAGAACCCCAUAUAUCCAAGAAUAAACCCAUUUAGUCUGAAAGUUUUAUCCCAAAAAUGUGAGUACCAUAAAAUAUGAUUUUGUUUUAAACUUGAGUAUUAUUUUCUCAUGGUUUUAAAAAUUAAGGCCGCACAAUUUAUGAAACUUGUUUCAGGCAAUAAAAUACGUGAUUUACCGUAUGAUUUUGGCAUAAACAUACACUCCUGCUCUAUUUUCAUAUAAUUGGAGUUUAAAAUAACUGCAUUUGCCACUACAAUAGUAAGAAAUUCAUUUAUUCCCGGUUGUAAUUUUAGUCUUGUUUUAUAUGGUAUUAGCAUUAUCAUUGACUUCCAGUACAUUAUGUUAUCACAGCAUUCUGUUCCUAUAUUGAAGGUUAGAAUAUAAUUCCUGGAACAUUUUUUGUAUUUGUUGUUGUUAUGAUGGAAGUUUACAUAAUGUUACAAAAAUUUGUUUUAUGUAACUGGAUACACACACAUGAAUGCAGCUGUGUUCAACAAGUCGUCUGCUAAUGUGAAUGUGUGAACAAUUUUAUUCUCAUACUGUUUGAGGGAUAACUUUUGCGAUCUCUUCAAGUUUCAAAGUUUAAAGAUUGUGCUUGUGUGUCCAGCCUCUACAUAUCAAAGAACUCAAAUAUGGAUAAAUUAAUUUUCACAAAAUGUAGUCAUAGUGAACUAACAAACUUCAUGGAACAGAGUCUUUCUCGAGAAGCUUAGUGUUUGUCCAUGUUAGAAAAGACUGAUAUUAUAUAUUUGUAAACAUUUAAUAUUUGGAUUUCUGUAUCGAAUCUAAUCCCAUGCAUUGUAAUAUCAACUGAUUGAAUCACUGCACUUGAAAACUAAAAUUAAUUUUUAAGAAUCUUUUUGUCUAUUCACAAGGUAAAACAUUCCAUUAAAAAUGUAGAGUGUACUGAGAAUCUCAUUUCCAAAUGGACUUGAUGUUGAAAUCUGUGAUGUUGCAGUAAUAUAGUGCGAAUACACCUUAUUUGGAAUACGCAGUAUAAAUUCACUUCCUCAAGCUUAAAAAUGUCAUUGUACUUGGUUAACCUUGAUCAGGUGGUAGCUGAUAUUUACCUGGUAAAGAAAUUUUCUGUUGUAUAACUCAAAGGCACAUCACUGUGGUCAUGAUAGUCUGCCAUUGGAUCUUAUGCUAUAAGAUCUAUUUAAAUAUUAUUUGUCAUCUCCAUGCAUACAACAUGCCUCAUCCAUCAUAUCCAUAUGUUAUUUGACAUUCCCUCUUUCUGAUCUGUCUGAUCUAGAAUCAAAUGGAUUUUUAUAGUGGAAGCCCUUAUUAGAACAGACUUAUAAAAUAUAACCUCUCUACAAUGAGUAAUACUGUACUUGAAAUCAAACAUUAUUUCUUGCAUUAAAUAUUCACAAAAAUAACAAGUUACAAAUUAUGGGAUUAUACAAUGUGUUAUGUUCUUCUUUAAGAAAUUAUAUUAAACAUGGCUUAAGUGGAUGAUCACAUACAAAUGAUGGGUAAUUGCAUGAUAUUCAGGAGAAAAAUUACUUGAUGUAAAAGUACAUGUUACCUUAUUUAUUAAAAAAAAUCCUUGUACUACUUGACUUGCCUAGUCAGUAACUUGCAUUAAAUUGUGGAUACUGUUCAGAUUUGAAAUCUUAUAUAUUUGCAUUUAUGAAUAUUUGAAGUGCUAUAAAAUUCCAGCAAUCAUUGUGACAAGAGGACAAUUUACAUAACUCUGUAUUGGCCUACCUGUAAAUGUAAAAUGUUAAUAGUGUCAUUUUGCUGUAUAUGUUAAUGUAGGUUUCAACAUCAUAUAUAAAGAUAUGUAAACAUUGCAACAAAUUAAAUUGUUGCAAGUCCUGUUAAAAUAUUCCGUUAUUCAUUUAUCAGUUGUUAAUGGCAAUUAAAUGGUGAUGUUGUCUUUGAAAUUAGACAUAAUUAUAUACAUUUUAUAUUAAAAGGAGAGUAUUUUUGUUACUUGCGUGGUAAGAAUGGUUUUAUAUUUGUAUUUUUAAAGUUUAUGUACUAAGGAGACUUUUUGAACAACUGUUUUUACAAUGUUUUGUAAGUACUUUUAUUAAAUUUUUAAUCAAUAAAAUAUCUUCAUAACCUAA